UGAACAGUUCAUACAACAUAAGGUUUAAGGUUUAUAAAUAUAUCAUUCCUAUUUUCAGAAAUUGCUGCUGUUACAAAACGUUUGUCUGUUAAGCACGCUGCGUUAUUGAUACUCUCAAUAAGAAACAUCUUCGAGAAAAAACACGAUUCCUUAUUUUAAAAAAAUGCAAACAUCUUCAUUUCAUAUUUUUGAAAUAGUUGAAUAUUUUGGAAUUAGGAUAAGCAAUAAAAUAAAAUAAGAUGAGACAUAUACUUAGAUGCAGCUCUGUUCUAGUUUUAUUUUUCUUCAUACAAUGCCAAUUGAAACCGGCAAGACGGACAUAUAAAAUUGUGUGGAGUAUGAGCCUUUGGAAUGGAAAUGUAUCAUUGAUUUGGUGGUAGUAAGGAAGUUUUUGUCGUAGUUUUAAUUUAUUUAUCAAGGUUCCUAGAAAACAAAAACAGUGUAAAGUGUCGAAUUGCAAUACUUGUUAUUUUUGUUUUUACGAUACUUUAAAAUUCAUUACUUGUUUUUAUAAGAUGAAUAAAUCUAAAUGAAACAUAUACGGUAUUGGUAAAGAAAAAUAUCCACUGAAAGUUUUAGAUGAUUAAAUACAUUGAAACUGAUUCAAUCAUAUUUGAGUAGCAUUACUGUGAAGAGGAUUGUGAUUAAGCUGUUUAGCUAUAUGAUUGGUACUUAACACCACAACCAUUUGAUAGCGAUGGACGAUUUUUAUUCUCCUUUUUGGUUUGAAAGCAUUAACGAUUAUGUCAAAAUCAAAAUAAAGAGCAAAAUGCCCCGUAUUUACCCAUAAGAAAACGUUAUUAUCAGUACGCUGUUGUUAUCCGAUGAUGUCAUUAUUGAACUUAUUCUCAUAAUCUUUGACCUUUUCGUGGUAUGUUGGUGACGAGCCUGCUCUUUUCUGUUUUAUUUGUUUGACGUGUUUUCAGGAAGUACAUAUGGCGUUGUUCAUGUUUAAUUGAUCAAGAGUACACUACGUAAUUUUAAUUUCAGAAAUCGAAAUUAUUCUGCUUAAAAUCAAUCUAAAUUAUACACUAAAACCGAUUAAUGGUAAUGAUGGUAAAUGAAGUAUUUUAUAAAUGAAUACAUAUAAAUACGUAGUAAAACUUUCAUUGGAUGUCUAAAUACACCCAUACAAAUUAAAAACGAGAACUAUUGAGGACACAUUUGUUUUUUUUAACACUAAAAUAUUUUAUAAGUCUAGUGAGGUUGAAAUCAUAUAUACACUCUCGUUAACUUUUUGCAUUGAAAAUAUGAGAAUUGUGUUGUCCCUGAACAUGCUUUUGUGUAAAAGAUUGUUCGUAAAUACCCAAUGAGGAAGGAAAAAGGAAAUGUUACGUAUUUUAUCAUGGUAUCGAUGUAACACUAUUGUGGAUUUUAGGGAAGUGCCUAAUUGUAAUUGUUUUAUUAAUUUGAAUUUUUAUUCCUUUGAAAUCUCAACAAAAAUGCUGACACACAGCUGUUGGGUGAAAUAUUUCGUUUUAAUACCAGUGAUAUUAGUGAUAGCUUAUUCGAAAAUAGAAGGCACAACAGCCUAUGUUAUUCAGGGAGCCAGCCAGACCUCCACCAAUGGCUCUAACGUUGCCUCCCUCGGUUGUGAUGGCGACAUGGACACAUUCUCUCUCACCGACUCUGGGGGAAUCCAGUCAUGGAGCAUGACUUUAAAAACGAAAACAAGAAUCAUAUGGAUCUUUCUCAGUAUUGGAGCUGGUACCUACAAUAUCAAUGUUUCACAGAAUGGAACUGUACCUACCAAGUGUCAUACAAUCUCACAACAAAGGAAAAUAAAUGAAAUUAUAACAUGCCCUUACUCAGUAAACAUCUUGAAUGACGGAAUCACAAUCAGCAAUGCAGAAAAUAAACCUUUGAAAAUUUAUGAAGUUUUUAUCAUGGGGAGUUCCAAAAUUGACCAGAACAUGAUUUUGGAUUUCUCUGACACUAUGGAUACGGCAUCGAAAGUUCUAGACAACAACUUAGAGACUUAUUACAAUUCAGAAGAAAGAAGUAAUGCGUCGUGGUUUGUGAGACUUGAUGGAGUAUAUCUGAUUAAAUGGUUUCUUAUUUCUAUAAGGGGAGGGACAUAUGAAUUGCACAUCACCGUCGGAGAUACUGUGGUGAAUCUGUCGACACUGUGUAAAGUAUUUAGUUAUCCAGGAAUCAGACAUUAUCAAACAUCGGUGGAAUGUAAAAAUGAAAUCAGAGGAGAUACAAUUGUUGUAAAGAAAAUGGACGAGGGUUCAUUGCGACUUUUUGAAUUAAUCCCAAUAAUUUGUUCUUCAAAUCACUUUGGACCAAAUUGUGCCAAAUGUCGAGAGAAAUGUCAAACCUGUGACUCUAUCACAGGCAAAUGUUCCCAAUGUCAGAACUCAUUUUUUGGAGAGAAUUGUCAGAAGAAUUGUCCAACAAACUGUCUAGAUUUGAUAUGUGAUCAAAGAAUAGGAACAUGCAACAGCUGUACGAAUGGUUUCGGAGGAAGACAUUGUGAACAUCAAAUUGCAGCAUAUAUCACACCUAGAAAUGUAGAAACUACUCUGACAUCAUUCAGUCCACCUUACAACAGAUCAACAAAAAAGAAAGACGUUUCCAGGACCACAAAAUAUAUUGAUAACACUGCUCAGGUCCUGUUAUUCUGUAUGAUCGCCAUCCUUGUAAUACUGGUUGCUGUAUCGAUAUACCUAUUUGUUUUGAGUUGGAUAAAAAAACAUUCAAAAAAGGAAGAAGUUGAGGACAAUGAUAUAGCAAUACAAUUCCAGAGAAGGAUCUCCACACACGAGUCUAACCUGGAGGAGAUUGUGGAGGACGACCAUGACGUGGAUGAAGAAGUUAUGACUGUAGAAUACAAUAACCUGACGUCACAGAGGGUAUUGAUAAACCAGUUCAUUGAGGACUUGCCAAACAAAAAAAGUAGUGGUGCCUUGGAGACUGAAUUUAAUGAUCUUCCAAACGGAUUUCUGGAAUCGUAUUCAAACGCACUGAAAAGAUCCAACAGGAACAAAAACAGAUACAAAGGAAUCUAUCCGUAUGAUCAUAAUUGUGUCAAACUCAGAACGAAUGACAUUGAGUGUGAUAAAUACACAAACGCAUCCUACAUACAUGGUUUAGACAAAGAACAAACAUAUAUUGCAGCACAAGGUCCUUUUAAUCCAAAAACGCUAGAGGACUUUUGGAGUAUUGUUUGGCAGAAUGAUUCCAGCAAAAUAGUUAUGCUUACAAAUCCCUACGAGGGAGAAAAGAUGAAGUGUCUGAAGUACUGGCCGGACACCGAGCUAGAAGUUGGUCCUUUUAUCCUUACAUUGGACACAGAAGAUGUCCAUGACCAAUAUACACUGCGAUAUUUUGUUGUCCAAUAUCAGAAGCAAGAAAAAAGGGUAACGCAAUUCCAUUUUACUUCUUGGCCUGACAACUCCGUUCCUCAAGAUGUGAGGCAACUAAUUUUCUUCAGAAAUUUGGUCAGAAAUGAAAUUACAUCUUCAGAUGGACCUAUGGUUGUGCACUGCAGUGCCGGAAUAGGAAAAACUGGUACGUUUAUUGCCCUUGAUUAUCUUCUUGAAGAGGGCGCUGCUGAACAUACAAUUGACGUCAAAGGAUAUAUUAUUGCUCUCAGACGUCAAAGAGGGAAAUUAAUCCAGACAUUUGAGCAAUACAGAUUUCUCCAUGACGCUCUAGUGGAGGGAUUUAAAGAUAUUAUUCCGAUUUUUAAAGGACUGCUGUAAAAAAAAACAGAAGAAAAAAAAGAAAAUGAAUAAUACCAUCAGUCUUACCGGGGUUGAUUUUUUAAAAGUUGAUCAUUUUAGUUAAAGAAAUAUGUUUUAAUGUGAAUGUAAAUUUUAACGGAACAUGUAUACACAAGUAUAUAUUCAAACACAUCUGUUGUAUGAAACAGUAUCAAAUGAAUUGACAAAUUCCACAUGCUACCUCUGCAAAAGCAUAGUAAUAUGUAUUUUGAGAGAUCUAUAUUUAUAGACUAAGUAAAAUUUUGCAAAUGAACUACAAAAUGCCUGCACAGGAGUACUCGCUUACAACUUUGGUAUAUCAACGCAUGUGUGAUCAUGUCCGUUAGGUAUAAUUGAAUUUUAACGGAUAAGGUAUUUUUGUGAAAUUAAUCAAAAACCGACUUUCUUUUUCGAUUAAUAUAAAUAGCAAAAAUGAGAGAAAAGUGGUGGACAUGGAUAGUUUUGAUCAAAAUAUAUACUUGCAAUGAAAACAUAUUAAAUGAUUACGUUAAGAGUGAAUAUAUUAACUGUAUAUAACAACUGUGAGCCUAUUUAGAGAAUACAUAGAAGUUAAGAUGUUGAAUAAAUAAAAUGAGUCAAUUCGUUUCUUUAGUAGGCGAUUUUAGUUUUUAGCUCACCUGAGCUGAAAGCUCAAGUGAGCUGUUUUGAUCACAUUUUGUCUGUCGUCCGUCUGUCCGUCCGUCUGUCUGUUCGUCUGUCUGUCCGUCUGUAAACUUUUUACAUUUUGAACUUCUUUUCUUAAACCGCUUGGCCAAUUUCAACCAAAUUUGGCACAGGGCAUCCUUAUGGGAAGGCAAAUAUAAAUUCCAGAAAUGAAAGACCGAUCUUCAUUCAAAGCGAAGAAAACCUCGAAACUGUAGAAAAAGGGGGUGCAUUUUUAAAAAUCUUCUCAAGAACUACUGAGUCUAAUUCAACGUAGUUUAGCAUCAAUCAUCCUUAUGGGAAGCAAAAUUUAAAUUGCAAAAAUU